AUGUACUCCUACUCCAUUGGGCCCUACAUGAGAUAUGUCUUACGGAGUCUUCUUGGCAGUGAGAACUACCUAAUUGCGCGUGAUAUCUGGAGGAACUAUCAAGGGAAUUUGAGUAGACUUUUGGCUAUAAAGCUAUUCACUUUUAGUGAAUGGGGACAGAAAAAGGAAAGUAUAAAGCCACUCUUGAACGAAAAGCAAAAGUUGACCUUGUUAAAGCAAUUUAACAAGCAUGCCCCUCAUCAAGCAGAAACGGCCAAAUCGGCAUCUCUCCCCUACAUAUUGAUUAAGUAUCGUGCUUUGUUUGGAUUAUUAGGAUUAUUAGGAUUAAUUAGAUGGUAUGUCGUGUUGGUUGCGAGAGACCGCAACACGGAGGUUGAAGGCAGAAGUGAUUAUAUUUUGAAGGGUAUUAGGAUAGGCUGAAGUGAAUCGAGCCAAAGCUUUGAGCGCACUACAGCUCGGUUUGAUGCUACCUUUGGUGCAGAGCUGACUUGAAGACAUUCAGCUGAGUCGUUGGACGUAUCAAUCAUGUUGUGAUUGUGGGAUCUUAUCUUUACUUGCUGAGCAGUAAAAGGCUGAGUCGAAUCGGGAUAGAGUUGUCGUUGAACAUGUUCAUU